UUUUUACAACUCUGAACGUUUCAAGAGUGAACAAGAAGGAGAAUUUCUUUGGUCUUACCAGUCUGUCCAGUUUUUUCUUAUCACCAAAGAAAGACAGAGAGCAGGUUGUCUGCAGUCGAGCUUUUACGGACCUGUUCACACAAAAGGGGGAUUGUUGCAGAUCUUAAUGAUCUUUUGCUGAAGGACACACUUAAUUUUGUUUUGCUGCCCAAUGCUCUUCACCUGAGGCCGUGCAGAGACUCAGUCAGGAGCUUGCUGGACGUAUUUGCAGGGAAGGAUGAGCAGUUUUCUCUACUUCAUCCUCCCAGCUCUGGGUGGAUACACUCUCACCUCGUUGUACCUGCUGAAGAACCCGCUGGUUCUCCACAAGAGGAAACGAACGGCCUUUUACUGCACACACAUCUCACACCGAGGAGGAGGUGGAGAGAGGAUAGAGAGCACCAUGGAGGCGUUCACAAAUGCGGUGCAGCAGGGAACACAGAUGCUGGAGAUGGACUGUCGCUUGACGCGUGAUGGACACGUGGUGGUGUCACAUGACGAGAAUCUGGAGAGGCAGACCGGCCUGAACGACAACAUCUCCUCACUCAAUCUACAGGACCUGCCUCUGUAUAAAGAGAGACUGGAGGUGACAUUUUAUGCAGGACACUACAGCAGCGGUGCAGACAGGAAGUUCGCGCUGCUUGAGGACGUGUUCAGGAAGUUCCCCGAGGUGCCCGUCAGCAUUGAGAUCAAAGAGAACAAAGAGAACAGGGAGAGCACCAACCAGCUGAUAGAAAAGGUGUCUGACUUGGUUGGGCGCUACAACAGGGAGGAGAUCACAGUGUGGGCCUCUGUGGACUCCAGGAUCAUGGAGGAAUGCCGCAGAACGAACGCCUCCAUGCCGUACAGCUUCACUAAGAGUCGAGGCGUGCUGCUGGUGCUCCUCUUCUACAGCGGCCUGCUGCCCUUUGUGCCGCUGGGAGAGAGUUUACUGCAGUUCUACCUGCCGCGGGUCAUCAACAGGACGUUCAUUCCUAAGGAGCCCAUCCUGAAGAACAAGCUGCUCAUCUCUUUGUUAGAAAGAAUAACAAUGAGGAAGAGUCUUUUUAAACACCUCGCUGCCCGUGGAAUACAGGUGCAUUUGUUUGUGUGCAAUGAAGAUGAAGACAUAAAAGCUGCAUUUGAUGUCGGGGCCACGGGGGUGAUGAGUGACUACCCGUCUCUUCUAACAAGCUACUUCUGCAGAAACCGAAGUCAGGAUUGAGCUGAAACACACCUUCACAUCACAUGAGGAAAGUUGAUAACUUCCUGAUGAAUAAGGACUGUGUAAAGAAAAGAAAAGACUGUGAACGAGUCAAGAGUUGUCUAAUUAAACAGUGAGAAUAAAGCUUUAUUCUCAGUCGUUACUCACCGUUGAUAGAAUUAUCUGCAAUCAGGUCCUUUGCAUGGCCUCCACACACACACACACA